GAUUACUAGGCCUUUAAUGUACAUUUAUGAAAUUACAUGAACACCAACAUAUUGGCUCCCAUUAUUUAUGUUUCUAUUUUGCAGGAAAAAAUAAGCGUAUGCAAUGAAGGCAACAUUUUGACUAUUAUGGUGCUACCCUUAUAAAUAAUUAUGUUAAUCAAACAUAUACAAGGAGACCUAUCCUUCAAAUACAAAUCUGAUUUUCUUGUGAUAAAAUGAAAUUAAUUAUUCAUAGUCACUAUUAAUGAAAAAAUUAACAAUGUCAAGUCGAAGAGAAAUAAAUACAUUUCCUAUUAGUCAUGCAGUUUUAAAUAAGUUGUCAAAUGUUGGGCUUUGGACAGUAGAAGAUUUUGCUACUAUGAAACCUUCAGAAUUAAGCUUAGAAGCCAACAUUACACAGGCUGAGGCUUUAGAAGUUCUUCAGACUUUGUUCAUUGAUGUGAAUGCUACUGUACGAAAACAAAAUGUCCCUAUUGUUAAGACGGCACUGGAUGUGUUUAGAGAAGAGCAGGAUAUGACUUCAAUUAUCACUUUCUGUGAGAAGAUGGAUGACAUGCUUGGGGGAGGUGUACCUCUUCAUAAAAUUACAGAGUUCUGUGGAGCACCAGGGAUAGGCAAAACACAAAUCUGCCUGCAACUAGCUGUGGAUGCACAUAUACCAGAGCACCUUGGGGGCCUUGAUGGCGAGGUUGUUUACAUUGACACAGAGGGAAGUUUUAUUGUUGAAAGGAUGGUAGACAUUGCCACAGCUACAGUGGAACACUGUCAUCAGAUUGGAAAUCAAGGAAGUAAUGAACAGAGGUUGACUGUGAAUAAAGUAUUAGCUGGCACUCACUACUUCCGCUGUAUUGAUCAUGUUCAGCUCAUAGCAACUAUACAUAUGUUGCCUAAAUUCUUGACACAACAUAGCAAAGUGAAACUUGUGAUAGUUGACAGCAUUGCUUCACCUUUUAGAAAUGAAUUGGAUGACAUGUCUCUCCGCACCAAACUUUUGUCCUCCCUGGCACAGAAUUUUAUCAAAAUAGCUUCAGAUUUUAAUGUGGCUGUUGUUUUUACUAACCAAAUGACAACCAAAAUACUACCAGGGGAAGGAAACUCUCAUCUGAUUCCUGCUCUUGGUGAAAACUGGGGUCAUGCCAGUACAAUGAGAGUUAUCUUGUACUGGGAAAAUAACCAAAGAAGAGCUCUACUCUACAAAUCUCCUAGUAAACAAGAGACAGUCUGCUCUUUUCAAAUUACACUUGGAGGAAUCCGAGACAUCCAAGAGAAUGAGUCAUCCUCUGGGGUAGAUCAAAUCCAAGGGGAAAGAGCUAAUACUGACAACUUAGACCAGAACAAUUAUCUCCCCUCAACAACUCCUCCCACAAAGAGACAGAGAACAUAGCAUUACUAUGUCAUUUAUAUUUAUUAUUUAAAUUGUUUUCCUGUAAUUUUUAUAUGUAUAAAUAUACACAGAACUACCACCAAACACUAUUAUUUGUAUGGCAAUUGUAAGGUAAUUAGUUUAUAAAACAAUUAAAAAUAGUAAAUGUUAAGGUUAAUAUCCAAAAGUUAUGACUGAAGCAAUUAUAAUACAAUACUUUUACAACACCUUACAUAACAAUGAAAACAAUUUCAGAUCACUUAAUUGGAAAAGAAUAACAUGAAGUUAUAUAUUU